AUGCCCCCUGUCUGUGAGAAUUGUAAGGAGAUAGGUCACAAUGUUAAGCGAUGCCCUAAAAUCUUGAAGGUUUGUGGUAUUUGUAAUUCCUCAGCCCAUGGCUCUGGCCAGUGCUCGCAGGCGAAACCAGAUGAGACUAAAGGCAAGAAAACCCGCCGUGGUCGAUCAAAGAGUAAAGGAAAAGUUUGGGCAGAGGUCCCGCUUGCAUCCAAAGACGCUGCGAGAGAUUCAAAUGUCAAAGUUGUUGCUAAUGCUAAGCCGGUUCUAGGUCUUUCCAAAGAUUUUGAUCCGGGUGAAUCUAGUUCUUCGGCUCUGACCGCCUCAGAUCAGAGCAAGCAGAAAGAGAUUGUUUUAUCGGGUGAGGUGUCUUCAGAUGUUGCAGAGGAUUCUUCGGACAUUCCCACUAGUGAAUCGGAUGUGGAGGAAGGCCAGAUUUUGGAAAUAAACACGGUCUCAAAAGAGUUGCCUAAUAAGCAAAGAUCUGGUGCGGUUGGCACUGGGGGCAAGGGCCCCAAGAAACAUUAG